AUGGUACCAUAUCGAAUGAUCUUCUCAAUACGAUCAUUCAUCAAGGACACCUGUACCGAGGCAUGGAAUCGUCUUGUUCAUCUUUUUCAGACAACAAAUCGGCUAGGCUCUUGCUUUGAUGCAAAAUUCACCAACACCAAAUUGGUGGACUUUCCGAAUGUGAAAGCAUACUGCACCAGGUUAAAGGUCCUUGCAGAUAAUCUCGCAAACGUCGGCCACAAAGUUUUCAACGAACGACUUGUGCUUCGUCUUCUGCGUGGAUUAUCGGAGAAAUAUAAAACCUUUCGAACGAUGGUACAGCACCGUACUCCUCUCCCAUCUUUUGACGUUGUUCGGGUCGAUGCCUCGAACUUGAGGAAGACAUGCCUAUGGCGAAGACACCAUCCACGACUCCGGUCGAAUGUCGCUUCUCGUUUCCACAAUGUUAAUCCUCAUAAUUUUUCUAGUAACGGCAGUCCAACACCCCGAGAAUGGUUCUAA